CGAGCCUAUGAUUAUUUUCGGUUGUCGCAGACUUUGAAUCAUAUUCGAAAUCUUCAUUGGAUUGUGGUUGAAGAUGGCAGUUCUACUGUUAAUGCAAUCGAACGACUCUUGCAUCGAAGCACAAUCCCGCCGUGCUGGGACUCCACCGCAAUUGGCUUACAAUAUUAUCAGAGAGAUUUACAUCCACAAACAGCAUCUGUAAUAUAUUUUGCCGACGACGACAAUUCGUACGAUGUUCGGUUAUUUGACAAAUACAUUCGAAAAGUUAAACGAUUAGGAAUCUGGCCAUAUAUUUGGCUGAUUAUGUCUCGUUGGGGAGUAUGGGUGGAUGACCGAAGUGGGAGCAACGGCAAAGUGGAUUCAUGGUAUGUGUCUAUGCUCCUCAUCGAGAAGUCGCCCGAUAUGGAGGAUUGCGACAAUUCAGAGAACUCCGGUUUCGGCUUCAAAAAACAGGAUGCUGAACCGUUCGGGUACAACGACACACCGAAAGACAUCCUUGUGUGGCACACGAAAACGACGACUUCAAAGGGAUCAGGUCCUUUGAGAGGAUUCGUUAUAGAA